CGUUACCCCAGUCUUUGUUUAAUGCCGAUGUUCCGGAGCUAGUGGAGGGGUGGGUGAAAUAAACCAAGGUGUCUAUUAAGCAUAGCCAAAUAUUUUUGGCGAUUUGCAACGAUUAUUUGGAGAUUCUCUCAACUCAUUGUCUCGAGAUGGCUUCUUUAUUACAGUCGCGGGCACCUUCAUGCCUAGCAUGCCUUCGCAGGACAACAAAUAGCUUUGGCGAUGGGCUUCUAUUCUCAAGCAGCCAACAGGUUCGAGGGAAGAAGAAGCUUGCGAAGGAAAAGGAUCACAACGUUACCAUUCAGUUGCUGAAACCUGUGGUAGGAAUUGGCAGAAAGGGCAAGUUUGCUUUGCAUCUACCCGAGGACUUUAAGUCUCACCCACUAAUUUCAAUAUAGGAAGGAUUGUUCAAGUCCCUCCCGGAUUGAUGCGAAAUAAAUUGUAUGGCAGGGGCUUUGCUGUAUAUGUGACGCCUGGAGAAUCUGGAGAAAACGGCUUGAGGAAACUCGUCUCUCCUCCUGAUAGUACUUUCGGCAAGCGCAAAAUCAGAAUAGAGCAGGUCCAAGAUCAGGAGAAGCCAGAAAAAUUUCCUAGCGGAGAACGUCGACUGAAUCUCAAGAAGGUGGUUGAGCUUGAAUUACUGAGCGUACGUAUACCUCGAUUUUUCCACAAAUUAGAGGACAAGAUUUGCUGACUGGCUGUGAAUAGCCCCAACGCUCCACUGCUAUCUUAUCCGAUUUAAUACCACCUUACAUAGAAUUCUUCGAAACAGCCAUCACCAUUACCCCUCCAUCAAAGGUCUCGCCAUCUUUAGCGUCAUCUUCCUCCGUCUCCGUCGCGGCCGCCCAGAAUAGUACGGGGAAGCCAGAGAAGGUGCCCAUCUAUGGGUCGGUAUCGACUACAGAUGUAGCCACGAAAAUGAAAACCAUUUUAGUUCAGGACUCUGAAGGAAAGCGGGUCGUAUUUGGACCAGAAGAUAUCAAAUUUGUCGAAGAGACAGAGGAGAAGGACCGCGUCAAACAUUUGGGCAUUUAUGAGGUUGACAUACAACUCAAGGGUGCUACUGAUGUUGUUCGAAGGUCUAUUAAAAUCAAUGCACAAGAUUAGAGCUAAAGAUGAGGCCAACGGCUGUUGAAAAGGACUUGAAAGAUACCUAGAUACCAAGUCUUCUUUAUCGAUGUAACACUACAUACACAUUCCCCAAUCUGGGGAAGAGAGUGUACAGGCAUCGUUCGAUUUCAAUAAUUCAUUGAAAAGUUGUAAAUGUCAAUGCUCAGCUUCAUUCAUUCGUCCACUUAUGAAUUAAAAUGAUAAUAUAGAAUACUAGGUAGUUCACAAACCUGAGGAAUCCAGCCAUAGAC